CAAAUAUGACAGUACUAUAGUGUGAUAUUAUUGUCAAUGUCAAAAGACGAUUUUCUUUUCUCCCUUGUUGUUUUGUUUAUCGCGUAUUGAAAAAUUGAAAGUAAAUAAUUUUGCCGGUUUAAAUUGUAAUGAUAGAUACUUAAUUUUGAUCGCAGAGACCUAGUUCAUAAGUGAACAAAGUGACUUGUUGUCGCAAUGUGGGUUAAACCUCAAGAGAUUUUUAUAAAAACUGCGUUGUGGGAUUGCGAUGAAACUACUCUGUAUUUCGUGUUGCAAAGAAGAAAGGGUCAUGGGAAAUCUAGAGGGCUGUCGUCACUGUUGGUUGGCACUCUCGACAGUGUUCGCGACACCAAACCACCACCAUAUCGAAUACUGCAUCAAACACCAAAUUCUGAAAUAUAUUACGUCAUAGCUACUGCACUCACUGAGCAAGAAAUCCGUCAAGACUGGCAGUGGCUGUUUGACAAUAUUUGUCCAACACUACACUCCUUUGACAAGGAAGAGGAUGUGACUGACUUUGUCUGUUGUAAGAUUAACUCUCUUAUAGCUACAGUGCAAGACAACAUCACCGAAGAUGAAGAUACAAUUACAUACAAAAAUGUGGACAAUGAGUUUCAUCAAAGAUUUGGAAUGCCUAAAGAGGAGAAACUGGUGUGCUAUUAUUCUUGUAGUUAUUGGAAGGGCAAAAUGCUCAGGCAAGGUUGGCUGUACCUCUCAGUUCAUUACAUGUGCUUCUAUUCCUACCUGUUUGGACGGCAAACCACAAUAAAAAUCCGCUGGGCCGAUGUAAAGGAACUGGAGAAAACCAACAGUCUACUCUUCCCUGAUUCAAUUAAAGUAGUGACGAGGGAUGGUGAACAUUAUUUCACAUUGUUGUUGAAGAAGAAUGAAACUUUUGCACUGAUGCAGCAGUUGGCUAACAUUGCUAUGAAACAGUUAAUAGACGACAAACCGGGCACGUACAACAUAGAUAAAGAUUUGUUGACGAAACUAAGUAGAAAUGUGCCAAAGAAACCUUCCUUCUUGAAGAGGGACCUUGACGCGAAGAAACAGUCGAACCUGUAUACCUUGCGGUUCAGAUUGCCGCAAAAUGAAAAACUGGACGGAAGUGAGGAGUGUACGCUGUGGACUCCAUAUAAUAAAAAAGAAAAUUGGGGCCGCCUGUAUCUGUCACAGAAUUUCAUCUGUUUUGAUAGUCGGGUGCGUAACUUAGUUCGCUUAACGAUUCCUCUACGCAAUGUCCACCAAGUGGAGCGGGCGGACUCUGGAGGCGCUGGUAGUUCAGGAGACUCUGGCAGUAUACUCAUCACCACUUCUCAUCACACCAGCUUCUUGUUCGGGAAUAUAUCCGAUCGGGAGUUCUUAGUGCACAAGAUAUCGGAACUCCUUGCUAAGUUGCCAAAUACUGUGUUCAGGGAAAAAGCGACGUUGGCGGUGGCGAGAGUUGAAGAAGGCAAAGAGUGGACCCCACAACCACCUCUUAUGACGUUAUUUAAGACCAAUCAGACAUCGCCUAUAAAGCAGAUUCAGCAGAAAAAGGAAUUGCAAUGGGAGGAUCAUAUGUCAGAAGUGGGACGCGGGGUCAGUAUGUACCAAACUGUUGCCGGGAGCGAGUUAGUUGUGAAAGGCAUACCGGAAUCCCUUCGUGGGGAACUCUGGGGCGUCUUCUCAGGGUCCAUACUCCAGAAAGUGCAGAACAAGGGACUGUAUGAAAAGCUGGUGAACGAAGCGCUGGCCUCGAAGAAUCCUGUGAAUGAUGAAAUUGAGAGGGACUUGCACAGGUCGCUGCCUGAACAUCCCGCGUUUCAGAGCGAAGUUGGUAUCUCCGCCUUGCGACGUGUGCUAUGCGCGUACGCAUUGAAAAACCCGACGAUUGGUUACUGUCAAGCGAUGAAUAUAGUUGCAUCAGUACUCUUGAUAUACUGCCCCGAAGAGCAGGCUUUCUGGCUGUUGGCCACGAUAUGUGAAACUUUGCUACCUGAUUACUACAACACAAGGGUUGUUGGCGCUUUGAUCGACCAAGGAGUUCUUGAAGAGUUGACAGAAGCCCACCUCCCCGAGUUACAUGCCAAGCUGGACGAGCUGGGCGUCAUGAAGAUGAUCUCCCUGUCCUGGUUCCUCACGCUGUUCAUCAGCGUCAUGCCGUACGAGUGCGCGGUCAAUGUCAUGGACUGCUUCUUCUACGACGGCGCUAAAGUUAUAUUCCAGGUGACUCUUACGAUCCUGGAGAAAAACCGGGAGCAGCUCCUCAAAUGCACGGAGGACGGCCAGCCAAUGCAGAUCUUGGGGGAUUACCUCGCUGGGAUUUACAAUGACGAAGCCGUGGCGCUGUCUACAGAGCCCCGCACCGCUAAACGGACUAUAAAAAUCCAAGAUCUAGUUUACGAAGCCUACCGCACUUACGGGUCGAGCGUGACGAGCGAAUGUAUAGAGAAAUUAGGACUCAAACAUCGGCUAAGGGUGGUCCGGCAUUUAGAAGAUAGUCUAGAAAGGCACACGUUAAGAGCAUUGCAGCAAGACAAGUUAUUGGAGCCUAACGAACUUCAGGAACUACUAAGCGCAAUUAGAGAAGAAUUACUAUGGGCGAAACGGGCGCCCUGCGAAAGAUUGGAGGCGCCGUACGAAGCGUAUAGGUUGGAUUACUCGCAGUUCAAGACUCUGUUCACCGCGUUAUCGCCGUGGACGAGAGGCGAUAUGGCCGAGGCCAUCACUGCCAGGAUGUUCAAGUUAAUGGACGACGAUGACGACGGCAUAGUAAGCGCUCGCGGCCUGAGCGUGGCUCUGGGUUUGAGCGCCAAAGGCGACGCCCAGCGGAGGCUGCGCGCGCUGUACUGUGCGCACGCGCCGCCGCUGCUCUCGCCGCUAGACAUGAAGCCGUCGCAGUUCACCGACACGGGGGAGGAGCUGGCCGAUGAUGCUAUCUCUUUCUUCGAUGGUGUUGACAACCCAUCUACACCGGACUCCGGCGAUGGAGCGACUCAGAGAUCGGUCAGUGAAGUCAGCGACAGUAUAGACAGAAUCAGCGACCUCAUGAGUCAGUCAGGCCUGACAAGCACCUCGCAGCACAGCUUGGAGUCGAUCCGCGCGUGCGCACUGUGCGGGCUCGCGGGCGGCUCGCUGCCGUCGCCCGCGGCGCCCGCGCCCCCCGCGCCCGCGCCCGCCGCGCCGCCCCUCCCCCGCCCGCACUUCCUGCAGCUGCUGGCGGUGCUGCACGACCUCACACAACACGACCUCGAGUUGUACGAGGCUGUUAUGAAUGCAGGUACCCUCCUUUUGCAGCUAGGAGCGUUAAAUCGACCGGAGUUAGACCGUGAGGUGUCUCAAGAUAGCCUCUAUUUGGCCGCAGCGGCUAAGCAACCAGUUGUUGACCCCAACGGCAAUACAACAGAAACGGAACAAGACGAAUCCCUGCCUUCUCCAACAAAGGAAAAUGAACCUUUUAACCACGACACAUGGUCCAUAACAUUACAACAAUUCUUAGCCACGAUGCUGGCCCAAACCCCUUUGGAAAAUUACUUUAACGAAAUCGUGCCUAUCCUGCCACAAUUAGAAGCUUUAAGGCAGAGGGAUAGACUUCAGUCAGUAUCAUAGCUAUUAGAAUUGGCCGGGUUAUUAGACCUUUGAAUAUAAAUGUGAGAAUUGAGAUUUGCUAUGUACCGUAUAUAGUAUAUUAUUUGGUGAUUUCAUAUCAGAACACGACCUAUUUAUGUGUGGUUAUUGAUUAUGUUUUAUAAUUUUAAUGAAUUGUCCGAGUGUACCAAAGGUUAUGUUUUUCGAGCAUGUGUACAAUAUAUUGCACGCUUUGUAACCCAAAAACUUGAUCGAUUUAAAGUAUGCCAUUUCACUAUAAAUUUUAUGUAGUCAUUGGUGAAAUCCGUACUAUGGUUGCUUCCAAUUCAAAUUAUGAUGUUAAGCUAUUCUAAAUACUUAUGGUUCUGCUGAAGGCAUAAUAUUAUAUCACUCUUAUAUGAAAUAGAGUUUAAACGACAAUAAUCAAACUCUAAGAUAAGUACUAUAUUAUGAAAUAUUUGCAAACAUUGAGCAUGUAAAAUGUCGCCUGUUAGUUAAACCAUAUUCUAAAAUUUUCAUUAUUUUUUUGAUACAAACAUAUAUAUGGUAGACAUUAUCGCUAAAUAAAAAUUCUUUUUUUUCACAAAAAUCAUCAUCAUUGUCCUGUCGAUUAUGAACCAGUGCAUCCUCCUCUGGAAUGUCUAUUCUGAAACGGCGAUCCAGUAGAGGGUAAGAGAGGUUCUUACGCGAUUCGUCUCCGGUUUGACAUCCGUGACUCGACUCGGAAGAAAAUAACCUGGCGUGUCUAUUCACAAACAUUCACAUAUCUCUUAUUUUCUCCAGUCUCACUCUAUUUUAAAAAGAUAAGUAGCGAAAGAAAAGGUAAGAUCUAGAUUCCUUGUCAACGUUCAGAAAUAGUUUCGAAGCUUGGAUCAUGGUUGUCGUACUAAUCUACCUAUUUUCUUACUAAAUAUACGGAAAAGUGGAUGGAUUGGUCCUUUUCUUUAAUAAGACAAUUUCAGAGUGUAUGCUUUAUUACUAAUGUAUAUAAUAAAAAUAUAUAAAAUGCUAGCUUAAGAAUAUGAUUGGUAUGUAGUUUUAUACCCUUCCUUGUAUGCAUUCCAAAUUAAAAUUUAAGUAUUUGGCCGUUUAUGUAUGCUUAGUAAUUUGUUGAAAAUAUGUAUAAUGUAAAAUAUAACUUUAUUUUUAUAUUUCCGUAUGUACGUCAAUACUUAUUUACUGACUUUUUACAUAGACAAAAUAAUCAAUACUUAUUUACUGACUUUUUACAUAGAAUUCAAAUAAGUAAGUAGGUACAAUAAGUAUUUUUUUGCUAUAAUAUUUUUAAAGUAUUUAAUCGAAUGAAUAGCCAUAUUAGUGUAGUUCAUAAUAUAAACGCGUUAUAUUUUUAUUAUUAGCAUAGUACAAAAACGCAUUUUUAGAGUAUAUAUAAUGUCUAACGUUUUAUUUUUUAAGUCUAUUUUAACUAUAAUGUAAGUUUAGUUUCAAAUAUUUCUGUAAUCAUAAAAAUCCAUACUUACCUUAAAACUAAGUUUUAUGUUUAGCAGAGUGCAUUGUACGUAAUAAAUGGUGCUUUUUAAAAGAUGCUUGA